AUGAAGCUGAUCUCCAAAGUUGCCAUGUCCAGUGAAUCUGAGUAAGUAUUUACACUCGUUAUAUAAAUGACCCUUUAUAAUGUCUUGUAAAGUUGUUACAUAUGGCUAAUACGUUUUUGUUAUUUUCCCUUUUUCAAGUAGUGAGACUGCAGGCCCCUCCUCCGCAAGCACAAGUUAUGGAAGAGGAACAUUGUCCAGCAGCCAAAAGUUGGAUGAGGCACAGGCCUUGAACGUCUUCUACCAAAACUUCCCUGUCACAAUUGAUGGACAAUCAAUCAAGAAGAAGGACAGACUACUGAUUGCAGGAAGGCAUGAGAGAUACUGUUAUGACAAGUGGAGAAACCAGCAAAAGAAAAUGAGACGGAAUUAUGUGAUCGGUAAGAUGCAGCUAAAUUACAAUAGACUGAAUACAAUUUUAACAUAUUAGGUAUUACGAGAAUGUACUUUAUUUAGUCACAUAACUAUGACUGUAAGUAGUCCUGGAUAAGGGCUUCUGCUAUUGAAUAAAUGAAAUUAAUAAUAACACAUUUAUUUUUGUCUUUGCAUUGUUACAGCUCACUUCCCCAGAAAAGAACCCACUGCCAGAAAAGUAGAGAUAUACAUUAAACGGCAGAACUGGGAGAAGAACAAAGUGAAGGUGGAGGAUGUCCUUCGUUACUGGCAACCUUCAAGCAACACUGACACAAAAAAAGACAUCAACGCAAUUAUGAAGCUGGUGAAGUCCCAGAAGUGGAAAGGACUGUACAUUUCCAGUGACCCUGUCAAAGGAAGAAAGGUCAUGACAACACAGAAAUUUGCUAAAGGGGAAGUCGUCUGUGACUACCACGGUCUCCCACUCUCAGGGAAGCAGGGGAAAGAACUUUUGGCAGCAACAGAUGAAGACGAGAUGGGGUACCUAUAUUUCUACAAGGAUGUAUCAGGGAAAACGUGCUGCAUAGAUGCCAAGACUGUGCCCUGCCCUUGCCACCCAGAGAAGGACACAAUUGGACGGAGGAUCAACCACUCCAGAAAGAGAAGCAACAUAAAGGGUCAGCUUCAGCAACUUGAAGAGGAUGGCAACGUGUGGAACGUCAUCCUUUUCAUUGAAAUCACCAAUAACUGA